UUCUUCUAAAAUUGGUGUCAUAAAACCAAGUGUUGGAUAUUUGGAGCCACUUAAAAAAUGGGUUACUUUGUUAAAAGGAGAAAGAACUUCAAUAAGUUCUUUCAAUAAUUCAAAUUCUUCUGAUAUAAGCAUUGCAGAAUUAAAAGCUACAGCUUCUUUUUUGACUUCUGGAAUAGUAUGA